AUGGCACAGGUUCAAGUACCGGUUCAGCCACAGAGUGUGAAUGGAGGGGCUAAUAACCCAAAUUUUGUAACGACGUCGCUUUAUGUGGGUGAUUUGGAACCUAACGUGACUGAUUCCCAGUUGUAUGAUCUGUUUAAUCAAGUGGGUCAAGUGGUUUCCGUCAGGGUUUGUAGGGACUUGACGAGUCGGAGGUCCCUUGGUUAUGGUUAUGUCAACUACAGCAAUCCUCAAGAUGCUGCAAGGGCAUUGGAAGUGCUGAAUUUCACUCCACUUAAUGGAAAUCCAAUUAGGGUUAUGUAUUCCCAUCGUGACCCAAGUAUUCGCAAAAGUGGGGCUGGAAAUAUAUUUAUUAAGAAUUUGGACAAGGCAAUUGACCACAAAGCACUGCAUGAUACAUUUUCGGCAUUUGGGAACAUUCUUUCUUGCAAGGUUGCUACUGACCCCUCUGGCCAGUCAAAAGGCUAUGGGUUUGUGCAGUUUGACAGUGAGGAAGCUGCCCAGAAAGCAAUUGAGAAACUGAACGGCAUGCUGUUGAAUGAUAAGCAAGUUUAUGUGGGACCAUUCCUUCGCAAGCAGGAACGGGAGACUGCUACUGACAAUACAAGAUUCAACAAUGUUUUUGUGAAGAAUCUAUCUGAAACAACGACUGAGGAGGAUUUGAACAAAGCUUUUGGUGAAUAUGGAACAAUCACCAGUGUUGUGGUGAUGAGAGAUGCAGAUGGCAAAUCUAAGUGCUUUGGAUUUGUGAACUUCGAGAAUGCAGAUGAUGCUGCUAAAGCAGUUGAAGCUCUUAACGGAAAGAAAUCUGAUGAUAAGGAAUGGUUUGUUGGGAAAGCUCAGAAAAAAUAUGAAAGGGAAGUCGAAUUAAAACAACGAUUUGAGCAGAGCAUGAAGGAAGCAGCUGACAAAUUUCAGGGUGCAAACUUGUACGUAAAAAAUUUAGAUGAUAGCAUAGGUGAUGAGAAACUUAAGGAGCUGUUUUUUCCAUUUGGUACAAUCACGUCUUGCAAGGUUAUGCGAGAUCCAAAUGGAAUAAGCAGAGGAUCAGGGUUUGUAGCAUUCUCAACUCCUGAAGAGGCAUCUAGAGCUCUCUUGGAGAUGAACGGGAAAAUGGUUGUUAGCAAGCCUCUAUAUGUUGCACUUGCACAAAGAAAGGAAGAUAGAAGAGCCAGGUUGCAGGCACAAUUUUCUCAAAUGCGACCAGUUGCAAUGGCACCUUCGGUUGGUCCACGUAUGCCAAUGUACCCCCUACUGGUCCCGGUCUUGGACAGCAAAUAUUCUAUGGACAAGGCCCACCUGCUAUCAUGCCACCACAGUGCCUUUUGUAAUGAUUUGUGCUUUUAUCAGCCUGGAUUUGGGUAUCAACAGCAGCUUGUGCCUGGUAUGAGGCCUGGAGGGGCUCCUAUGCCAAAUUUCUUUAUGCCAAUGGUUCAGCAGGGGCAGCAGGGUCAGCGUCCUGGUGGUCGACGGGCAGGAGCUGGCCAGCAAUCCCAGCAGCCGGUCCCCCUAAUGCAGCAGCAGAUGCUUCCUAGGGGGCGUGUUUAUCGCUACCCUCCAGGACGUGGCUUGCCUGAUGUUCCAAUGAGUGGUGUUGCUGGAGGCAUGCUUUCAGUUCCAUACGACAUGGGUGGUAUGCCAAUGCGUGAUGCAGCAUUGUCUCAGCCAAUCCCCAUAGGGGCUUUGGCUACUGCACUUGCAAAUGCUGCUCCAGAUCAGCAGAGAACGAUGCUGGGAGAAAAUCUGUACCCUCUUGUGGAACAGCUGGAGCCUGACGCGGCAGCUAAAGUGACCGGCAUGCUUCUGGAGAUGGAUCAGACUGAGGUUUUGCACUUGCUUGAGUCGCCAGAAGCUCUCAAAGCCAAGGUUAAUGAGGCAAUGGAGGUUCUAAGGACUGUUCAGCAGCAGGCCGCUGGCACAGCUGAUCAAAUAGCUUCAUUGUCAUUGAAUGACAACCUUGUGCCCUAG